GCCAUUUUGGCUCAACAGCAGGUCCGGCAUACAAGUAUUGGCUUGAACGUUUCUCGGCCUCUUGUGUCACUGAUUAGGACCCGGGCAGACCGUGAGUCGAUUUGGUCGGUAUUUUUGUUGGUCAAGAGUUGCUACUGCAACACGCCCAGCAUAUGUGCAUACAUCCCCUGGCAAAGAUUCUGCCACGACGUUAUUCUCCGCUGCUGAAUCUCGAUUCGCUGCGAAUUUAAGGAAUUCGCGUCGCAAGCACAGGUCAUUCCUUCAGGGUACGUGUUAUCGGUAGUUUGUCUAUGGCGUUCGAGGUUGCUAUCUCAUUACGUUCUGGUCGGAGCUUCUUCCUAGCACCGCAGGGCGUCCGUCAUUUGAUUUUGCAGGCGUCCAGUUUUUCAAAUAUCCUUCAAGCCAGCAACGCUAAUACAUCUGAUGUGUUUGCCGGGGCCCCAUUGUCCACGAUAACACCAAGCCUCCGAGGUGAUGUCAUUGCAGAAGUGGCUCGACAGGUUGACGCGGAAGUGAACCCACGCUCCAUAUUUGAGAGGGGUGUGCUUGGCAAUUGCUGCAAUGGUUCCAGACGCGGACCUAACAUAAUGGAGUACGAUUGGCUUCGAGAUGGAUUGCGCGUCGAAUGCAAGAGUUCGAAGAUGUCAUGGGUCCCCUCCAGAAAGAGUUGGGAAUUCGCGUUCUACCAUAUUAAGAUUGCGCACGGUGAAGCUCGGAGAGUAGCUGCGUUUGAUGAGUUACUUCUGGUUUUGUAUACUCCUACGCACCUGUACUUCUACAGACAUUGGGGUACAUUCGGUUUGCGUUCUGCGGGACGGCUUACAUCCACGGUUGGGCACCAGCUUCGGAUAAGUAGUGGGGGCGGUAUCGAAGAUUGGCGUCUUGCCUUGAAACAUGUAUUGGGCAAGCUCGACGACGGCGCAAAUUCUUGCGAACGUCUGUCAAUUAUGCCACUAGCGGACAAUCGGAUACAGCACGCUCUAGAUUCUCGGUGCAACGUGACUCAGAAGAUUUUCAAUGGUUGCCCUUUAUUUGAGGUCACUCCUGCCACGAGGGGGAAGCGACUUGAAGUGCUUACCCGCCGAGUGGAUCGAAUCGUCAAUCCUUGUGCUGAGAUGAAGUGGCCCGAUUCUGGGUAUUGUGUGGGUGGCCUUCAGCGGCGCGGAGUUCAUAGGGCAGUGUGCGACUGGCACCGAGAUGACAUUCGUGUUGAAUGCAAGAGUUCGCAGCUUCAGUGGGACAAGCAUAGGAAACGUUGGUUGUUCCAAUUUCAGAACGUCAAGUUUUCGAUUCCGCCUUCGUUUGACGAACUGCUGCUAGCAUUUUAUACACCCCGGGGUGUUUAUAUUUACCGUCACGAUUUGCGUUUUGGUAUAUCUUCUUGUGGGGUGGCAACAAGUGUCCGGGGUCACAGAAUUGGUGUAUAUGGCCCAUGCCAAGAGGCAGAUUGGCAGGUUGCAUUAGACACGAUGAUCAACAAGAUUGGCGAGUCAGGUUGCGAUCGCGUUGCAUUCGUUCGCUGGUGAGGCAGGCUGUAGACUGGCACUGCUGCACAAUCACCCCCCACCCACCCACCCACCCCAACGCUCGGCGGGAACGAGCUCCGUUGGUCAUUGUAUUGCUGCUCCUUAUCUGCCUUGUUUCCUGUCACCGCAUCGUCCUGAUUGGGCCAUCGAGUAAGCAUUGGCCGCGGCAACCCGCAGUGGUACGUCGAUCAGCUCAGCUGGCAGUUGCAGAACUUUUGCCGAGAGUGCCGAACAAAAACAA